AUGUGCCAGACGCAGCGGGAGCGAUGGCCGUGGCGGCAGUGCUGCGGCCUCCCGCCGGUGUCCCUGGUGCUGGCCGCCGCUGCCGCCGCCUGGCUGCAGCAGCGCUACCUGCAGGAGGCGGACGGAGCCAAGGCGCACCUCAGCGCCUGGAAGGCCGCCUGGCCCGUGAAGCGCGAGGCGGUGGUCGAGGGCGAGCUGGUGCUGGGCGGGCUCAUGAUGGUGCACGAGCGCUCCGACACGGUGACGUGCGGGCCCGUGAUGCCGCAGGGCGGCGUGCAGGCGCUCGAGACCAUGCUCUACACGCUGGACAGGAUCAACGCGCCGCCCUCGCUGCUGCCCAACGUCACCAUCGGCGCGCACAUACUCGACGACUGCGAUAUGGACACUUACGGUCUGGAGAUGGCGGUCGACUUCAUCAAAGGUACAGGAAAUGUAAAUUACUUCCUUUAUCUAAGAAUACAGACAACUGUGGAUGUACUGUCUGUACAGAUGUAA